CCAUUGAGCGGGACCAGGACCAGGGUGACCAUUUCAGCCCGGAAGGGGCGAACCUUGGGAAGAGGGCCGGGGCUCGGUGACCCCGGCGCGGGACAGCGGUCGUUGCUCAGGCUGCGGAACCCAGGUUGACCCGGCAGGAUCGGACCUCCGGCUGUGGGUCUGGGGUUCAGGCGAAGAAGAAAGCAGCCUUUAAGACCAGCAAGCUGGUUGUGACAAGACCCGAGGAUGAGACACUGGGAGGACUAACAGCGAGGUCUUCCGGAUUUCCUCCAGGCAUUGGUGGGAAUUCCAGGACUUCAGCCAUGCAAUCACUGGCCCUGCCUCAAAAGGACCACCCCAGGCCAGAAAGGGAGCCACCCGGGUUUUCUCUGCACCCAGCCAGGGACCUAUGACAAGCAUCCCUGCCAACGCGUGUUGCUAGCAGCACAGGGAGGAGCCCUCUUCCAGGAAGGCCAGGCUGCAGUGGGUGAGGGCUGACCAGGCCCCAACUAUGCCGUCCAAGUCAACGUGCCUACGUCACCCAGAGGCACCUGGGCAGACAGAGGGCAGAAUGCUUCAGGGACAGCUUCCCAGUACAGGCCAGGACCGACCCCCAAGCUCAGGACCCCUGCUGGCCACCCACUCUCAGGGCCUGGAGAAAGGCCCCAUUCCUCCCAUCAGCCUCCCAGCAAAACCCAAAAGCCAGGCCCCACAAGUCAAGGCGGACCCUAUCACCCCACAGCCCCCUAUGAGGCCGAAGUUGGAGCGAGCCCUGUCCCUAGAUGACAAGGGCUGGAGAAGGAGGCAUUUCAGAAGCAGCCAGGAGGACCUGGCAGCCCAGAACCACAAUGGGACCUCUCCUAGCAGAGGCUCCAUGCAGGAUGCUGCUCCCCAGACCCCUGCCUGCAGCCACCCCCUGCCCUGCCUCAGCACAUCCUUGCAGGAGAUCCCCAAGCCUCGUAGGGCCAUGGGCGAUGAAAGUGGAAGCCCAUCCUUGGGUGAUGGCCUCUCUGGAAUGAUCAGCACCUCUCCGGACCUCCUGCGCAGGGAGGCUGUCCCAGCUGGGGGCUCUCCUAAGCUGGCAAGCUUGCCUCCACACCCCCUGCCUGCUAUGGACCUCAACGUAGCCUCCGACUCCCUGAGGACAACAAACAGGGUCGACCCGGAGCAUACAGACUACAAGCACCGCAUGCAGACCAGGCUGGUCCGGGCCCACAGCAGCUUGGGCUCCAGCCGGCCCCAGAGCCCCCUGGCCAGCGACGACCACUCUCUUCACUCGGCCAGAUCCACCUUCAGCCUUCUUGCGCCCAUCCGCACCAAGGAUGUCCGGAGCAGGAACUAUCUGGAGGGUAGUCUUCUGGCCACUGGGGCCCUGCUUGGGGCAGAUGAGCUGGCCAGGUACUUCCCAGACCGGAACAUGGCCCUUUUCGUGGCCACCUGGAACAUGCAGGGCCAGAAGGAGCUCCCACCCAGCCUGGAUGAGUUCCUGCUGCCCACUGAGGCUGACUACACCCAGGACCUGUACAUCAUCGGUGUCCAAGAGGGCUGCUCUGACAGGCGAGAGUGGGAAACACGCCUGCAGGAGACACUGGGCCCUCAGUAUGUGUUGCUGUCCUCGGCAGCCCAUGGGGUGCUGUACAUGUCCCUGUUCAUCCGAAGGGACCUCAUCUGGUUUUGCUCAGAGGUGGAGUGCUCCACAGUAACCACGCGCAUCGUGUCCCACAUCAAGACCAAGGGGGCCCUGGGCGUCAGCUUCACUUUCUUCGGCACCUCCUUCCUCUUCAUUACGUCUCACUUUACCUCUGGAGACGGGAAGGUGGCAGAGCGGCUCCUGGACUACAGUAAGACCAUCCAAGCCCUGGCCCUGCCACGGAAUGUGCCGGACACCAACCCCUACCGCUCCAGCGCAGUGGAUGUCACCACACGGUUCGAUGAGGUGUUCUGGUUUGGAGACUUCAACUUCCGCCUGAGUGGUGGGCGAGUGGCCAUAGAGGCCCUCCUGAGGCAGGACCCAGAGGUGGACGUGCCAGCACUCCUGCAGCAUGACCAACUCACCCAGGAGAUGAAGAAAGGCUCCAUCUUCAGGGGCUUCCAGGAGCCAGACAUCCACUUCCUUCCAUCCUACAAGUUUGACAUCGGGAAGGACACCUAUGACAGUACCUCCAAGCAGAGGACACCCUCCUACACGGACCGAGUAUUAUACAAAAGCCGCCACAAGGGUGAUAUAUGUCCCAUGAAGUACUCCUCAUGCCCUGGGAUCAAGACAUCCGACCACCGCCCUGUGUACGGCCUGUUCCAGGUCAAAGUGAGGCCAGGGCGGGAUAACAUCCCACUAGCUGCAGGCAAGUUUGACCGAGAACUGUACUUGUUAGGAAUUAAAAGACGGAUCUCAAAAGAAAUUCAGAAACAGCAAGCGCUGAAGAACCAGAGCUCCAGUGCCGUCUGCACUGUUUCUUGAAGUUGCCCGAUGAUGACUGGCCACUGCAACUCAGGGACCAAAGUCACUGGAAAGACAUAUGAGUGCUCUUUGGUACCUCUAGCCAUUUUGGGGGGGGGGUCUUCUGCUCCCACCAAGAUUCCCCCAGGACAGUAGUGGGCUGUGGCCAGGCCAUUCCCACUGGUGUCCCAGGAAGGAAGCUGCUUGUCUGUCACUGGGCAAGCCCAUUCUACUUGUGACACAUCCCACAGGCAUCAGGCAGGGCUUUGCUCUCAGAACGGGGCACAUGCAUCCCACACAGCAACCUUGCCUCCUCCAGGUACACAGAGCAGCAGCAGUCCGAGUCAGGCCUGUCUGGAGGAUCCGCUGUGAGCGCCACGGUGUCUCCCUCCACUCCCUAUAGUCAUGUUUCUCUGCCACAGCCCAGGCUCUAGAUCUGCACCCUCCUUGCAGCCCUCCAAGCACCUCAUCAGUAUCUCGGGAGGGGCUACAGUGGGGCAAGCAUUCUCUGGGGCCUCGGGUCGCCAUUGCCCUGGAACCUUCUGAGGCUUAGUAGACGUCAGAAGCCGAAGCCAGCCACUUUAGGAUGUGCCCAGCCCAGAGGCUUCCAGGUCCUAUAUCCUGUUCUCAUGACCUUCCCCACAGUUAAAGGACCACCUUCCCUAUGCUCUUCACUGACCAAGCCUGGGCCUCUGAAAGGGUUUUCAGAACAUUUGCUUUUGUGCCACAAGCCCUAGAAAAGGCAUUAGAAGUGAUGUUACCAGGCAGGUCUGCCUUUUCCCAGCUUCAUUUCCCUAGAAGGCUUAGGACUUAUCACUACUCUUUGACUCUUUACCCUUCCCAGAGAAAAAAUGUGUAGCUUUGAAUGUAUAGAGGCCCAGGGGCAUCCACUCUAGUCUAAAUUAUUUAUUUUUCCAUAUUUAUAUUUUUAAAUAAAUACAUAUAUUCAGUCAUAAGCUCUCUCUGGCCAAAGACUGGAUCUUGGAAGAAGCAGUCUGCAUGCAUACGAAGUCCUGUGGCUCUGCUUGCAAAGGACAGUAAGAAUCAUAAGGCAGUAUAUUUGGUCUCAGCUGUGAACUGCUGUCCAAUCUCAUCCCUGGUCUGUCUGCUGGGUGUCCUUGCUCACACCGCCAGAGACAAGGACAGCCGGGAAAGGGAAGCCAGGGCUUCAGACCCCAGUGAGCCAUGGUGAAAGGAUUUGCACUUCCAGCAAAUCGCAGAUCAAACAUGUUAGCUUCUCUCCAGGAGGCAGGAUGUCGACUUUAAAGCAGUGCGCACCUUCUCUAGAUAAAGACCGGAGUGGCCCUAGCACAGGCACGGCUCAGCCUGUCUGCUUCAGUAAACAACCCAGAUGUGUGUGGAAAGUGCCACAGAUAUAUCAGUAAGCCAAAAGUCUGGAAAGACUUUUGUGGUAAUGAAACUUGAAAUAUUUUUUGUUGUUUUUUUGAGGCAGGCCUCGCUGUAGCCCAGGUUUACCCAGACUCACUGUGUAGUUGAGGCUGGCCUUAAAACUCAUGGCAAUCCUACACCAGCCCCCCAAGUGCUGGGAUUGAAGGCAUACACCACCAUGCCUGGUCUUGAGAUGUGUUUUGUUUUCUUCCCCAAGACUGGUCUUGCUGCAGUGGAGCUCAUGGUUCUCCUGCCUCAGCCUCCUCAGUGCCAAGAUCACAGUGUGUGUGUGCCUGGUAUGAGGAAGGUAUGAUGAUUAUUUGGGGGAUUUUUUUUUUUUUUUUUUUGAGGCAGG